AUGAAAAAGGAACAAGAAACCAACGAUGUAACGACAGGUGUAAAUUCGUCUCUCACUGGAGGAGACUGCUCGAAAGAUUGUCCUUGGGAUGCAGAAUUCGCAUUAUUUGUUCUCAAACAAUGUGUAGCAAGCCGUAUUCUACUCUUCGUUAUACAGUUGGUGAUGAAUAUCGUGGUAACUGAUUACCCCACAGAUGCUUUUCAAGGAGUUCCAGUUCCUGAAGAAGAGUUCUCACGAGCUGAUAAGUGGAUUCAGUUCAUAUUUGGAGGUUUGGCAAAAUGGGAUUCGGUGUAUUUUCUUCACAUCGCUCAAUAUGGUUACACCUAUGAAAAUACUCUUGCUUUUUUUCCUCUCUUUCCAACGCUAGUCCAUUAUCUCACCAUAAUCUGGAGUUGGGCGGUACCAUUCAUUCAUUUCUCGACAGCUUUGUUGCUCACGGCCCUCACAGUUAACUUUAUAACAUUUUUGUUAUGCGGGCAACUGUUAUAUGCACUGGUGCUUAUUUUAUCGAAGUCUACAAAGCUCUCCGUGCUUGCUUGUCUUGUAUUCAGUUUCAAUCCAGCCAGCAUCUUUUUUUCUGCUGUCUAUUCUGAAAGUAUUUAUAUGCUUUUGACUCUUUCUGGAAUGCUCGUGCUCUAUGUUGAUCCAACUAUUCCUUUCAUUCGUCACGUUGUUGCCGCUCUUUUUUUUUCAUUUGCAUUUGCAACCAGAUCCAAUGGCAUUUUCAAUUUUGGCUAUAUUAUAUUUGAGCUUAUGGUUGAAACAAUCUAUUCAAAAUCGUCGAACAGAUUUAUUUGGGAACGCGAUUACGGUACUGUGCUAUUGAAGAUAUUUCGCUUCUUUAUGGUAAUUAUUGUCUGCUGGGGUAUAUUUGGAAGUCAUGUAGUGUCUCAUGGAUCGAAAAUGUACCGUAUUUUUUGCUCUUCAAACGAUACCAACAAACUUGUUAACGUUAUACCUGAUGUCGUGUAUCAAUAUGCCUUGCUGAAUGGUUUGGUUCUUCCUUGUGAUUUGAACAAUCUGACAUGGUGCACCCAAGGACGAAAUAUGUUUAAUCCAAUGCCCAUGUUCUACAAAAACAUUCAGAAGAAAUACUGGCAAGUAGAACCCUUUGGUUAUUGGCAGUGGAAGAAAAUACCUUGCUUCACAAUGGCUGCUCCAGCGACAUUAAUCAUCUUUUAUGGCUGUUUACUUGAGAUCAGUCGUAUACGAACAUUGUAUAAGUCGUUAUUUGACGCUGUUCUCGGCACAUUCCAAUGUGCGAAUAACGUACUUCCAUUUACAAUACACGCACUGAUUCUGACGGCUUUGGCUUUAGUACUUUACAACGUUGAAGUAGUUACGCGGAUCCUAUUCUCAUCGUCACCGUUCAUCUAUUUGGUUAUCGCACAAUAUAUGGACAGUCGAACUCCGCUCGUUACGUUGGAUGAUGUGCAGUAUCCUCCAAUUUUCCCUUUCUUUCCAAACUUUUCACGAACACAUUGGAUGCAUACCUUGUUGUUGUGUUACUUGUUGGGAUAUUUUUAUAUUGGUACUCUGCUGCAUGUCAAUUGGCUUCCUUUUACCUAG